GUCCCUAGACACGACCACUUCCCCUUAUGUUAGCAUGUCCUUUGUUUUUCCCAUACUCCCUUUCUGUCUGACGUCACGUCCUUCCCCUCAGUCCUCGCUCGCUCGCCGCCGCCUCAGGCGACACUCUACGCCUCCUGCCUCUCGUUUCGCUCGGUUUACACUUGUUGUGUAUUGUGCUACCGUAAAUACACUUUCAUAUGGACUCAGGUGUCUCCAUGCUACUCCUGUUUUACGACAACUACCACACCCUAAAGACUCCCUAAACCAGAUCCUAGGCCAGUAACGUGACACCAUUACAUUUUAUUUUAUUCACGGUGUGAACACUCCGUCAAGUGUGGCACAUGCUGCCCCCCCCCCUCCCCCCACCUGAAAGAGCUUGGUGCACCAGGCCACAAUAUUUUGCUCUAUAUAAUGAUGUUAGGUGUAUAAACUCAAGUGACUACAAGGAAAUACCACAGUGAAAUAACAACAGGAAAAUACUGGAAGGAGUAAAAGCUUGGUGAAUCUGGACUGCCACUCAAGUGGGCCAUUUGUUCUCCUUAGAAUUACUGUUGGCCGUGGCCAGUGUCCAGUGUCCAGUGGCUCUCAGUGUCCUCACCAUCACUGUUGUUGCAGGUGUCCAGGCCAGGUGCCCUGCUGGGCUCUGACGUGGCUCCAUCCGGCCAGCUGCCCAGAGGGUUCCUACAGUAGAGGGGUGAGGCCCAGCAGCAGCAUGAGUGAACAGCAGCAGCAGCAGCAGUCUGCCUCAGGUGUGGGGAGGUCCAGGCAUGGUGGCAAGAAUGACCUGGAGGCAGGCAGCUCCACCCACAGAGGAAAGAGAAAGUUUGUGUGUCAGCUGUGUGAUAAAAGUUUUACAUCCAGAAAAGGACUUACACUACACACCCCGACACACAGUGGUGUUAGAAAUUAUGAGUGUCUGGAAUGUGGAAAGAAAUUCACCACAAAGAGUAGCCUCACCAUACACACCCUGACACACAGUGGUGUUAAAAAUUAUGAGUGUCUGGAAUGUGGAAAGAAAUUCACCCAAAAGAGUAGCCUCACCAUACACACCCUGACACACAGUGGUGUUAAAAAUUAUGAGUGUCUGGAAUGUGGUAAGAAAUUCACCCAAAAGAGUAACCUCACCACACACACCCUGACACACCGUGGUGUUAAAAAUUAUGAGUGUCUGGAAUGUGGUAAGAAAUUCACCACAAACACUCACCUCACCACACACACCCUGACACACCGUGGUGUUAGAAAUUAUGAGUGUCUGGAAUGUGGAAAGAAAUUCACCACAAACACUCACCUCACCAGACACACUCUGACACACCGUGGUGUUAGAAAUUAUGAGUGUCUGGAAUGUGGUAAGAAAUUCACCACAAACACUCACCUCACCAGACACACUUUGACACACAGUGGUGUUAGAAAUUAUGAGUGUCUGGAAUGUGGAAAGAAAUUCACCACAAAGUCUGAUCUCACCACACACACCCUGACACACAGUGGUGUUAGAAAUUAUGAGUGUCUGGAAUGUGGAAAGAAAUUCACCAAAAAGAGUAACCUCACCACACACACCCUGACACACCGUGGUGUUAGAAAUUAUAAGUGUGAUGAGUGUAGCAAGAAAUUCUUCACCAUUGGUGCUCUCAACAAACAUGCCUUCAGACACACUGGCUUGAGGGAGUUCAAGUGUGAUGUUUGUGGCAAGUGUUUCAAGACUAAGGGUGACAUUGCCCGGCAUGUGAAGAUCCACUUUUGAGGUGGUGUGUUGUGUGGACCAGUGGGGACACACCCGUGCCUGUGGGAGUGUGUGGUAGUGGUGGUGGUGGUGGUGGUGGUUUUUCUCUUUUCUUUCUUCUCUCGCGUUGCCUCACCCCGACCUUGGCCUGACCUUCCAGCCUUUGGUCCUCGGCACAGCCAGGUGAAGCACGCCUUCAGUGGGAACCGGUCUCCCGAGGGUGUCACCAAGGCUCUCCAUCUCCAGCAGGACGUGGCGGGGGUCAAGAUGGCAGGCAAGCAAGACGUUGGUGUGUGUUGGAUGCCUGCGUGACUCCAUGCUACGCUGGCCUGCCACACCACAGGAUACAUUGAUGAUAGUGUCACCUCAGCACACACUACACUGUUGUCAUGUGUGGCAGUGCCUGUAAGGACACCACACCCCUGUGGUCUGUUAUUGUAAGGAGUGUGUUUGUUGUAUACUGGGAUACAAGGUAGAAGGAAGCAGUGUACACCUAGUUUUGUACUUGUUGUAUUGUGAGGGGUGUGUACUUUGUGUAUUGUGGGUUGUAAGACUAAGUAGUAGUAGUUUACACCUAGCCUUGUGUAUCUUGUGAGGGGUGUGGACUUUGUUGUAUUGGAGUUUGCAGGCAGUGUUGUAUGUACUGUGUUUGUGUUGUGAGGUGUAAGGAGGCAGACACUUGUAGUGUGUGUGUGUGUGAGUGUGAGUGUGUGUGUGAGUGAGUCCCUUGAUCAAAUCACUGCCUGGAGUUUCAUUAGGCAACUGGUGUUUGUGUAAUUGUAAAGUAUCUUUUUAUCUCUAUAACCAUUAACCAGUGCUGCUUUAAUGAUGUUUUUGACAUAAUUGGUUUACAUCUUAAUAAUAUUUUUAGCUACAUAUAUUUACAAUCUAAAAUGUCUGUUUCAAUGAGGCAUAUCUGAGCACUGGUUAACCCCUUCAGUACUGGGACACAUUUUUACCUUGAGUUUUGGAUAAGAUUAGACAAUUUCACUAACAUUAGGAAUGGUCUAUGAAGGCCACAAGAUUGAUAACAACAGUCUUCUUUAUUUUAAUGUGUUGCUGUAUAAAAUCAGCAAAUAGUGAGCAGAAUGAAUAUGGAAAUGUUUUGUGGUACUGAAGGGGUUAAGUGUACCUGUGUGUGAUGACUGAUUCCUUCCAAGGCACCUGUAGAUCUGACUGUACUGAGAUGUGAAGUUGUGACUAAUAUAUUUUUGUUGACCA